AUGUCUGAAAACCAAACCGCCCUCGGCGAUGAAGACACUUAUCACCUUCGCCAUCACGCCUCUAUCAAAGAGGUCGCUGAUCGCCCGCAUACUGCAAACAAAUCUCUCUCUGCUCAAAAAUCGGCACAUGAUAAAUUGAGAGAGGAGAUGGAAAACGAAAUUUUAGAAACUCCGUCCUCCGUCAAUAUAGCCAAUUUGUCGGUAAUACAACCCAGCACUGUAUGCAACUCUCCUAUGUUGUCGCAACCGGAGGUCUCUAAUAUUACUACAACCUCUGGCGUCUCAGUUUUUAGUACCUCGGCCAUGACCGACGACCAUUCUACCAAACUGAAGCGACAUCAUAAACUCUUCAGAGUGGUGGCCUUUACUACCAACUCUGUCGAAGAAGUCCUUGCAACCGUCGCAAUGAAUGCCGAUGCGUUGUACGGUAGUAGAGUUGUCAGUGAAUUGGAGUGCAUUAUUCUCUUCUUCAAGUCGCGCAAAUUGGCAAACCAAGCAAUAUCUUCUGGUGCUAAGUCCAAGCUAACCAUGAUUCCUCAAACCGUCAAAACGUCAUUCCGUUAUAAGGUCGACAAAGACUUAGAUAAGACUAAUAUGCACUCUAUUAUCUCAACUCUUGGUACUUCUAUCAACAACAUCAAUUUUAGCAAGAUAGAUGAUCAAGAGUUUUGGGCUAUUGGUACUAAUAUUGAAUUACCAGCCAAUCAUUUGAAGAAAUUUAAGCUUUCCAAAAUGAGAACAGAUAUCUCUCGUUUCCGUAUCGCCUUUAACGGUAAAGAAAAAGAUCUUCCUAAACUCAAGGGUGCCAUUAGUUCCCAAUGGAAAGUCAAGAUUGAGAGUAUCGAGUUGGCUAAUAAGGUGGCUGUUGUUGGUGUCAAAAAGGAUCAAAUCACCAAUAACAUUACCAAGUUCGUCCAAGUUGGAAAUCAUAGUUUCAGAAACCUCUCAUUCUCUACUAGAGUUGCCAACUCCAUCAGUCACAGAAUGGAAGCUGUUGAAAAACAAAUGUCUGAAAUGUCAUCAGCUCUCCAAAAAUUGACAAAGGAAAUGGCUGUCUGGUCUGGAAAAAAGGUCACUGAAGGCUUUAAUAAGAUCAACAAAGCUAUUGAAGAAAUUAACCAAAAAGUCAACGCUCUCUUAGGCACUACUACUCGCAAGAGUAAAAGUACUGCUAAUUUCGGAGGAGUUGGCUGGGUAAAACAAUCUCAAUUACUUACCCUAGCCCGAAAAUAUGAACUGGAUAUCCUUAAUAUCCAGGAAACUCAUUUAAAAUCCAGUACGGAAGACUAUUGGAAUGUAUGGUAUUUCAGGUCCUUCUUUCGUGGCUACUUAGUCUAUACUUCCAACGCCACCGAGGGAGAUAAUGGAGCAGGAAUUGCUACUAUUGUCAAACCGUCACCUUUUAUUAAGGUACUCCAAUUCAUCGAGCAUAUUCAAGGCAGACUAUCAGAAGUCAUUUUGGAACAUAAAUGCCUAGGUGUGGUCCGUAUUUUCAAUUGGUAUGGCCCGGCUAACAAAAACAAAUUAGAAUUCAUGAAUAAGGCUCUCAAUAUUAUCAACAUUGCUGCUCAAACAGCGGUCUUGCAUGGUGAACGUAUUGUCAUAUUGGGAGACUUGAAUGCCAAUACUAAAACAUUCAAUAAGGUAUCCUAUGCUGCCCAUGAGCGACUAUUAAUUGACCAAUGUGACAAAUUGAAGCUCUUUGAUGUUGUUCCCAUUCCAAACACACCUUCGUUCUCUCAACGCAACAAAUACUCUCAUGGUUUUUCUCGCCCGGACCAUAUUAUUACUUCCCACAAUGAUUAUUCUAAUGUAGAUGAUGUUUCUACUGCUUAUUCUCACAAACUUUUAACUAUCUCCUUUCCCAGUAACCCUAUUUUAGACUUCCCAGAAAAGUUCAACAAAUAUAUUAUUCAUCCUAAAACUCUGCAAUCCAAGAUGAAGGAAAUUAAUAACGAUUUUGCUAUGGACAACCCUAGCACUCUCUUAGAAGCCCAAAAUACCCUUGCUAAAAUUGUGAAGAAAUAUGGCUCUCCUAGCACCGACAAGCCUUCACUGAUUACUGAUAAUCGUAAUGUUAGACAAUUUCAGACGAUCAUUUUUGAUUUGAAACAGUAUCUUUAUAAGCGUAAAUAUGUCUCUACUGUCACCAGCCAGUUCUUGAAUAAUAAUUUUAGCCUCAACAAUAUUAAGGCUAAAUUAGAGGAAGCUAAAGCCUCGCUUAACAAGCUUAUUGGAUCUCUAUUGGCUGACCGUAAACGGGUCUUCGUGAAUAGAAUUAACAAUCUUAGCUCUAAACAACCGUACUCCUAUGCCUUCAGAAAAGAAUUAGUCAGUUCUUCUAUACUCAAUGUAGUCCAAAGUAACCAUAACUCGAUAAUUGUAGAUCAUUUUUCAGCCAUGUUUAACACAGAACAAGAAGUGACUAAAACCCUUCCGGAAAUCAAGAAAAAUAAUACUGUAGCCCAAUGGAAAUUCCAACAUAUCACUGCCAAAGAGUUGGGUAAAGUUAUUUCUAAAACAAAAAAUUCCAUGGCUGGCUAUGAUAAUAUCUCGGUGCCGUUGUUGAAAAUUCUAGACAACAAUUCGCUCCAAGUACUUGCAAAAUGUAUCAAUCACACAAUUGACAGUGAAAUGGUUCCUAAAGAAUUGGGUAUUGGUAUUCUACUCCCAUUACCCAAAGUCAAUAUGCCUACAAAAUUAUCAGACUUUAGACCUAUAGUAGUAUUAUCUGUGAUCUAUCGCCUAUUUUCUUCUAUUAUCAACAAACAAUUCAUGAAUAUCCUUGAAGAGGCUAAUUUAAUCCAUACUGCUCAGCGAGGAUUCAUGAAAAAAGGCUCAACAUUAGAGCACCUUAUCAAUCUUCGGACUGCCCUAGCAUACAAAUGUCAGCACAAACAAGAAGUAUUCGCUAUGGCUUUAGAUAUCAAAAAUGCUUAUGGAUCAGUAAUCCAUAAAAGAUUUAUCAGCAUUCUCAAAAAACAUGGUUUCCGUAGCUCUGUCAUUAAUCUCUUGACAUCCAUGAUUUCCAAUAGCGUUAUGAAAGUACUAGUUAACGGAUUCCUAUCCUCCCCUUUCGAUGCGAAUGUUGGAGUCCCACAAGGCGACCCUUCAAGUCCAGCAUGGUUUAAUCUCUAUAUUAACUCCUCAACUAAUAUACAAGAAAAACUAAAAGGAGUCCAAAUAUUUGAUGUUACUAUCCUUUUAUUAUUAUAUGCCGAUGAUAUUUUAUUGAUAGCUAAUACUAAGAUUGAAAUGAAUUCCUCUCUUAAAAGCCUCGGCCGAGAGUUAAAGAAAAUAGGACUCGCUUUAGCUCCCAAGAAAUGCAAGCUCUUAGCUAUUACAGCUAAAUCUAAACUAUCUAAAGCCCUAGUCUCUAUUGGACAGGAUACAAUUGCCUCGUCUACUUCUAUUGAAUACCUUGGGGGUAUAUGUACCUUUAAGGAUAAUCUUUCUUGGUCCUCUGAUAACCCAGUCAACAAAAUCUCGAAUCGACUUGCAUCAGCUAAAACUUCUAAUCUAUAUCUCAACAGUAUCACCACUACAAUUAUGUCUAAAAUUAUAUCAUUGCCUAGAUAUGCCUGUAGCUUCAAUGGAAUCAGUAAGAAUUCUCUAGACAAAGCAGAUAUUAUGGUUGCUAAUUUUAUCAGAAAGGCUAUUGGAUUAGAUUACACAUUAUCAAAAUCAGUCGUUUUUAAUUGCAAACAAAUUGGGGGUCUUGGUAUUACUCGCCCCUCUAUUUUAUUCUCUAUUGAACCUAUUUGCACAGCAGUUAGAUUAUUCAAUUCCUCAUCCUCCAUCACCAAAAAUAUAGCUUUGGCUGCUUGGAAAGAUACUACUUUUAACGAACCAUUUUGGAACCACGUGAAAAAUAUUGCUGCUCAAAAUAAUUGGUCUCUCCAAUACAUUGAUGAACGAUAUUCAUUUGUCAAUGAAUACGAAACCCCUGUCGACCCUAGAACUGAAUUGCUAAACAGUGAUAGAUCAACCAUGAGCAUUUCUGGCCUUGGAACCUUAGACCAUAAUAGAAUCUGGCAUCCAUGUACCAUCUCCUUUUGGAACAAUUAUUCACUCAAACCAUUCCAGCAACGACUGUUAUUUGCUCACCUGCACAAAGCAGAAAUCCUUAGAAAUUUCGGAAAAGAUUACCCUAAUUGCCACAUUUGCAACACCAAAGCCAACUGGGAACAUGUAUUCACCUCAUGCGCCAUGUGUAGCCCAGAAAUCAAAUCAUUAUACACAAAAUGGGACAAUAGUUCCCUCAAAUUCAACGCCCCGCUUGUCAGACUUCCCUCUAACCAUUCUCUCUCUUGUAUUCCAAUGGAGUGGAAUGGUAGUAUCAAAGACGAAUCUCUCCAACAACUAGACCUAUCUCCCCCAGCCUUGACUGAUUGGCUAAAUGAAAUAUAUCUCUCAUUCGCUGCUUAUGUUGGCAGUUGUUACAAAAACGCCACUUGGAACAGUUCUACUGUACUCAAGAAGGCUAGAGGAUAUAUAAUUAAACCCAAAACUGCAAAAUUUGCAACUGCUUGGGAAACAUGUAGCAAUCAGCUUGGCGAACUCAACUCCGACAACAUUUAA